UGCGCUGUGUGGGCGGGACUUCCUGGUGUUCUACUCCGUGAUUGGCGGCUCCAGCCUCUGACCCCAGUGCGCAGACUCGUGCUUCUCUCCGGUACAAUGGCGGCAGUUGGAGCGCCGUCCUCCGUGUUUUCUCGGGUUUCUGUCCACGGAGCAGCAGCGGGAGAGUUAAUAAAGCUGUAAGACAGAAACAGCAGCAGUUGGUGAACCCUGGAAAGAAGAGAAACGGUUUGAGGCUCAGCUGGAACUGCUCAGUAACUGUUAAAGGAAAGUUUGGAGAGAGAAAAGCUAGCAGAGAUGUGGAGACAGCAGGUCAAACAGCGACUGGAUGCAGCAGAGGAGCAGAGACACGAAAUACUGGAUGCUGCUUUCAGCCCCGAACAUCGGCUGCACACAUCAGAUGUUCAGCAGGUUCUGCUGAUUAAAGAAGAACCGAGGCCUGAUCUGGACCAGAACCACCCAGAACCCGUCCACAUGAAGGAGGAAGAAGAGGAACCCUGGAGCAGCCAGCAGGGGGAGCCGCUCAGCGUGAAGGAGGAGGCUGAUGCCUCCAGGUCUCCAGUCAUUGCUGUUCUCAUAAAGAGCGAAGAUGAUGAAGAGGAACCUCUGAUCUCUCAUCUUCAUCAAACAGAAGAUGAAGAACUGCCAAGCAGCAGCUCAGCUCAGCAGAUGAAGGCAACAACUGAAGGAGAGGAAGAUGCAGAAGAUGUGAACACUCCCAGAGAUGCCGCCGACUCUUCAGAGUCUGAGGUCACUGAUGAUGGAGAGGAUGAUGGUGUGGAGCAGCCUGACUCAGGGUCUGAAACUGAAGACAGUGAUGAUGAGUGGAAGGACAGCAGGACUCCUGAUUCAGGGGUCAACAGAUCCCUGAGCUGCUCUGAAUGUGGCCAGCAGUUUAACAACAAGCGCUCUCUUCAGAGUCACAUGGCCGAUCAUUCAGCAGGAAGGAAAUUAUUUAGAGAGGAGGAACCUGUGGAGCCACCAAAGAAUGCCCGUAAGGUUCUGAAAUAUUUUCCCUGUGAUGAAUGUGGAAAAAGUUUUGACAAGAAAAGUCAUCUUUGCAAACACAUGAGAGUUCACACUGGAGAGAAACCGUUUAGCUGUGAUCUGUGUGGCCAAAGUUUCAGCAUUAAAUCAACUUUAAUCAGUCACAUAAGGGUCCACACGGGAGAGAAACCAUUUGGUUGUGAUGUCUGUGGACACAAAUUCAGCAUCAAGUCGUCUCUAAACAAACACAUCCGGAUUCACACAGGAGAAAAACCUUAUUUCUGUGAUGUUUGUGGACAUAAAUUCAGUGCCAAGUCAGCUUUAAAUAUGCAUACAAAAACCCACACAGGGGAGAGACCAUUCGGUUGUGAUGUUUGUGGGCAAAAAUUUAGCCGAAAGUCCACCUUGAAUCUGCACACGGGAAAGCACACAGGGCAGAAACACUUUGUUUGUGAUGUCUGUGGGAAAGGAUUUAAUGACAACUCCAGUUUAAAGAAACACUUCAGGAUCCACACGGGAGAGAAACCCUUUGGCUGUGACAUAUGUGGGAAAAGCUUUAAUGAUAAGUCAACUUUAAAAAAACACAUGAAAAUUCAUAUUUUUUGUAAUGUUUGUGGAAAAACGUUUAACCAAGAGGCGAGUUUAAACAUCCACAUGAGAAUUCACACCCAAGAGAAACAUAUGGUUAUGAUUUUAUUGCCAUAGAUUCUCAUGUGUGAGUUAACUUAAUAACAGGGAGUUCCAGGCCCUGUGUUUGAAGACUGUGUGUUUUGGGAGAGCAGGUUUAUGCACCAGGCCUCACAUUCAAAAAGAAUCCUGACAGACAAAGUAGCUGUCAGAACAUCAUUUUAGGAACAUUCUUAGAAUCUCUGAAAUUCUAGGUUUUUUCCCCCAGAAUUUCACCUCAAUGAGAUAAAAAUGAUUCACAAAGCGCCUCUUGCUUUCAGAGAGCUGCUAAUGUAACAUAGUUAAAAUGGUUCAGGUUAAAUCCUGCUAAAAUGCACCAUCUGCUGGUAAAACGGGGUAUUGCAUUCACCCUAGAAAGAGCGGGGUAUUAUGGGUAAUCCUCAGAGCCAUGAGGAUCACUGUCGAGGUAACGUGUCUCUGCGAUGUGAUAAAGAAAUAUUAUUUAUAAAAUAUGUUUAUGGUUUUCGUUUUCGCAUAUUAUUGAAAUAUUAAUCCAUGUUAUGCUAGUCUUGCUAUUAGAUUGUUUUUGUUGCGUUAUAGAAAUGUUUAGUCCGUGAGAAAGUGUGGCGGGAAUUUCCCACGGUAACAUUCUGGCUCCUCCUUGCAGGAGUUUCUUUCCUGCCAGACUGACUUUACCUCGGUGCCCAUGUGUGAAAUGCAGGUAUGUUUUACUAAAUCUCUGUAGCAGAUGGUUAAUAUAAGGCAGUUUUAUAUUAACAGUUUUAUAUAAAGAUAUGGUUAAUUAAUGUUUUUGCAUUGUUCCAAGAUGCAAGUUUGUACAAGCUAAAAUAUAAAAAUGACAUCUAGUAAAUAAAAUGUCAGCAUUUUAUUUUAUUUCUCAGAGCAUUUUGAUUAAUUGCUUUACUUUCUUUAAAAAGGACACUCACUGGUUGUUCCUUUGAUGUAAACCAAAUUCACUAUACGAUCACUGUAAUUUUCAAUGAUUUUAUUUUGGUUACUGUAUGAUGGGUAAUCCUCAGAGCCAUGAGGCUCUCCACUGUCGAGGAGUUUCUUUCAUGCCAGAGACUGACUUUACCUCGGUGCCCAUGUGUGAAAUGCAGAUGGAGAAUUAAAGAAAACAACUGAUGCCAGAUUGAGCUCCUUGUCUUUCAUUU